UAAAAAGCGCCUGAUCUCAGACGGUAGUAGAAAACAGACUUGAAGGAACCUGAGUGCAGACUACGACAGGAAUGAACUCUCUGUAAUGCCUUGUGCAUCUCUGUGUUUGACAAGCGGAGCAUCAGUCACCUCGAAGCUGUGGACAGUUUUGGUUCUUUUCUUGUAGGUUUUCCAGGGUGUUUCACUUCAUUCCCUUUUUCCCCCUUUAAUAUUUUAACAUCCUAGUUUCCUAAGAUGACCUGGACAGCGCAAAGUUGUUUUGUCACUCUGGCCAUCCUGUUUCUCUGGCGGGUGGAAGAAAUUGCAGAAGCCUGCAGCUGCUUCCCGGUGCAUCCUCAGCAGGCGUUUUGCUACUCAGACGUUGUUAUCAGGGCAAAGUUGGUUGGAGUGAAGGAGGUUGAGGUUGGCAAUAACAUCUAUGGAAACCCCAUCACACGGAUCCAGUAUGACCUCAAACAGAUCAAGAUGUUCAAAGGUCCAGACCAGGAAAUUGAUGCCAUCUUUACCGCCCCUUUCUCUUCAGUGUGUGGAGUAACUCUAGAGACUAAUGGCAAAGAGUACCUGAUCACAGGCAGACUGGAGAGCGACGGGAAGAUGCAUGUAACACUGUGUGACUUCAUCAAGCCGUGGGAGGACCUGAGUGCCACCCAGAAGAAAAGCCUGACUCAGCGCUACGAAAUGGGCUGUGAUUGCAAGAUCACUCACUGCACCUCCAUCCCCUGCACGAUCAGCAGCCCGGCGGAGUGCCUGUGGUUGGACUGGGUGAUUGACAAGACAGUCGACGGAGAGCAGGCCAAACACUUUGCUUGUAUUAAGAGGAGUGAUGACUCUUGUGCUUGGUAUAGAGGGUCAGCGCCGCCCAAAAGGGACUUCCUGGACAUCGAAGACCCUUAGCUCCACUGCUGUUCAAUGGUCUGAGGAUAUAGAGAUGGAUCAAAAUACAAAUACCAAAAACAGCAAUACAUUUACAAAGAAAACUUUGAAUUUUCUUGUUAAGAGGGCCAAAGGGUUUGUGCUCUGUGGUCAGGAUGAAAAGGGUGAAAUUGUUUUUCAUGGACUUUUUUAAACAGCAGUCUUAUGAAUUCAGCACUUUCAGAUACUUAAAUCCAAAGCACUUCAGCUUAAACCACUCCUCCCUCUGCUGAAAUAAAUUGAUAAUCAUUUUCAAGUUUUACUGUUUUGGGCAAUUUUAUUCUUGUGCUGUCUUUUCAUCAAUUCCUAUGUUAAUCAAAGGCAGUGUUUAAAGGGAAAUAUUUUGCUAUAAUACAACACAUACAUACCUUUAAGUCAUAACAGUUCUGUGAAUCUUUGUUUUCAUUAAAAACAUUAGCUGCCAAUUUACACUCUUCAGUAUGUGACAGCAGAGCUAUCACAAGGAAGGAAUUCUUUCUCAUGCUGAGUACACAAAACAUUUUCCCUUUUUUUAAAGGUGUGGUCCGCCUGUUUUGGGUAAAUAUUUUACUUUUGAUAAUCCUGAAAAGAAAAAAACGCACUUUUAACACAAUUUUCACAGUGGCCAUAUUGUUUCCUAUAUAUCUGUCUGAUAAAGAGGAUUGAAUCCUUCUUUUUGUAUUUUUAUAUUACAUCUCUUUUUAUGCUUCAGUGUAAGAGCAUUUUUAAUUUAAUAAGAUAAAAUGACUAAUCAUAUUUUAUUCAAAAAAAGCCAUUUUGAUACAUACUGUGACAAAUAAAACCAUUGUGUAAAGAAAAGACCACACGUUUUUAUAGCAUUAUCAAAGAACACAUUUUUAAUGUGCGUAGAUGGCCAAGUUGUUGGCCUUGUUAUUUAAAGAAGUAAUUGUAACCAAUCAGCUGUUGUAUUGAUGUGACCGUAAAAGUAUCGAGCAAUUGUUUUUUAACUUUAAUAACUAAUAUAAGACUGUAAAAUUCUUCUUCAUUUGAAACUGUAGCCAAAAAUGCUGUCUUGUGCUGGUUUCACAUGAGACAUUUGAAGUGAUUUUUGCAUGCAUAUCCAUUUGAAACAAUACUGUACAUUUUUUGACUAUAAUAUUAAAUGUCAAACCCUGUUUGAA